AUGAAAUCGUUUAAACUUUAGCUUUAAAUAGCUAGCUUAUUGAAAUCAAUUGUAGAUCGUUAAAGAUAGAUUAGCUCUUAUAGGAGAAAUCUACUUGAGUUAGUAGGAUUCACACCUUAUUUUGCCUUUUGCUUAGUAGAUGUUAACAAAAAUAAAUACAUUACAAACAAAGAGCUUUCUGAUUUCUUAAAACAAAGCAGUUUUUAUAAAAGUGAGAAAGAAAUUUCUGAUUAUUUACAAUUUAGGACUCAAAACGAAACAUUGCUAUCAUAUAAUGAGUUUUGUCAAUUAGUCUAGUCUCACCCAAAGCAAGUUGUUGAAUGCAGUUUGGAAGUUUAAAAUACUUAAAGGGAAAAAAUAAAAUAAUCUUUAGCCAAAUUCUUUGAUCUUCUCAUAGAAUCACACACAAUUAUAAAAAAGCUAAAAAAAGAUAUAACAAAUGACAGCAAUUUAGAUUAUUAUGAGCUAUAGAUUCUUCUUGAUCCUGAAAAUCAAAAUAAUAUAACUUUUGAAAGAAUAAAAAAGUUUAUGGAUGAAUGCAGUAAGCCAUUUUAGUAAGAAGACUUCUAGUUUUUGAUAUAACACGUUAGCUUGUCUAGUGAGAGAUUAAAAUUUAAAGAUUUUUUGAAUUAUAUGAGUGAUAAGAAGGUGACUUCUGUAGUAGUCACAAACAGAUCUAGAAGUAGCUCCCCUUAAAAAGAUUAGAGCAGAUAUACAUUAUACGAAUCCUUGAGAGAGGAUACCAUUAAUCCUAAUCACACUCAAUCAUUUGCACAUACUUAAAAUUCUUUGUAUCAGAGAUCCACUUACGAUUCGAAAUUCAGAGAAUCUCCAUCUAAGAUUUAUAAUAAUAACUAAUCAUAUUCGAGCAGCUACAUAAGAAACUCUCCUUAAAAAGUGAAUUUUGAUAAAACAAAUUACAGUUCAUCUAUUUCUUCCAGCUAUUAUUCCCCUUAAAAUAAUCGCAAUCAAAAUAUGUCCUACACUCAGUAAGUAAGUAGAUUAUAUAGUCCUUCACAUCAGUAAUAAUAAUAGUAGUAUUAGUAUAAUUCUUAGAAGAUUGCUCUUAAUAAUAAUUCUUAUGGUUGCCCUAAUUGCUCUACUACCAGCCCUUAAUAAAAUUACAACUUUAGUACUGCUGAUGGAAAUUAAUUUAGUAGUAGUUUAUCAAAUUUCAGAAAGAGCCCAACAAAAAAUGAAAAAUACGAACCUUCACUUUUCAAAGACCCUUCUAUUUAUUACAAAAAAGAAUAAAGCGAUUUGUUCCAAUAACAGUUAAAUACAACAUUAAAUAAUAUGACACGAAUUCCUAAUUAAGAUUAUUCAACUUCAAAGAUUUAAUUUACAAACUUUAAGACUAAUAACGAAUAAGAUACAAUCAAUCUUUCUCCAAGAGAAGUUGAUAAUUUGCAAAGAACAGGUCAGUUAUAUUAAACCUAAGAUAUUCGUUUGUAAACUCCUAUUUCACCUAUGAAGUAAUAGUAAUAACUCCAAUAGUCUUCAAUUCAUAUGAAUGACAGUUAUAUGAGACAGACAGAUUCGUUUAUGAAGACAAAAUAUUCAUCUUUUGUAAGAAACUCUACUUCGAGCAUUGUUGAAUUCUUAGAUAUUGUAAAACAAAUUACUGAAAUAGAAGAAGAGAUAGAAGACAGUAAAAAGCAACUAGCAAGAAAUUUGUCUUUUUCUCCUAUUAAUUUGUUCAAGGCAUUCGAUUCAGAAGGUCAAAGCUAUUUAAGAUUCUCCAAAUUCUGUGAACUUUUGAGUUCUAUAAAUAUUAAAUUUAACGAUUAAGAAAUCGGAAUGAUUUUCAGCCGUAUUGAAACAGACAAAGACGGUUUCUUAAGUAAAGAUGAAUUUAAUGAGGUAUUUAAGCCCUGUGAUAAUGAUUAUAUAGAGUUGUUUAAGAAUAAACCUAUUGAACUCUAAGAAAUUACUGCCUAAGAAAGCAGAGAAAUUAGAUUUAUUAUGACUAAAAUUUUAGAUAGAGAAAAAAUAUUAAAGAAACAAAUGCAGUAAUUGAGAUCUAGUCCUAAUUUUGAGAAAUUCUCAAUCUUUAAUGCUUUAGAUGAAAAUUAAGACGGCUAAGUUAAUCUAGCAGAGUUAGCAUAAGCUUUUAGAAAUUAUAAUAUUUUGCUCAAACAGAGUAGUGUAAAGUUGCUUUUUAAUUUAAUGGACUUAGAUCAUAACGGCCUAGUAAGAUAUGCCGAAUUCCUAGAAUUUAUAUAAUCAUGA